AUGAACGGCCACUGCAACGGGGAGGUGACCGGCUCCGAGGAGCAGUUCCACAGGAGCGACCUCAUCACCGACACCAAGAAGACGUCCCGCAAAGAGGAGGAGGACAAGUCCCGCUUACCUGCGCUCCAGGCCGCCUACAGCAGCAUCCUGCGGGAGCUCGGAGAGGACGCGGGCCGACAGGGGCUCCUGCGCACCCCGCUGCGCGCCGCCAAGGCCAUGCUGUUCCUCACCAAGGGGUACCAGGAGAGCAUCCACGACAUCUUAAACAACGCCAUAUUUGAUGAAGACCACGAUGAGAUGGUGAUUGUGAAGAACAUAGACAUGUUUUCACUGUGUGAACAUCACCUGGUUCCCUUUUUUGGCAAGGUUCACAUCGGAUACAUCCCCAACAAAAAAGUGGUGGGACUGAGCAAGCUGGCAAGGAUUGUGGAGAUCUUCAGUCGGAGGCUUCAAGUUCAAGAGCGUCUAACCAAGCAGAUCGCCAUGGGAAUAUCAGAGGCUCUGCAGCCCAAAGGUGUAGCUGUGGUUAUUGAAGCUGCACACAUGUGUAUGGUCAUGCGUGGCGUCCAGAAGAUGAACUGCCGCACCGUGACGAGCACCAUGUUGGGGGUUUACCUGGAGGACCCCAAAACCAGGGAGGAGUUCCUGGCUCUGUCGCAGAACUUCUAA